AUGACUUUCGACUCUUCCGCGCGGCUUGCGGCUCUCCGCGAGCAGAUGAAGAAGCACGAACUUGCGGCAUACAUCGUUGACUCGGGCGAUGCGCACUCGAACGAAUACACGGCCGAGGCAGACGACCGGAGGGCCUGGAUUUCGGGCUUCACCGGCUCUGCAGGAACAGCCAUCGUCUUGAAGGACAAGGCAUUCCUCUGGACCGACGGCCGCUACCACCAGCAAGCGUCGAACCAGCUCUCUACCGACUGGACCCUCAUGAAGCAUGGUGUUCCCUCUGUUCCUUCGUGGACCGAGUGGCUCACCAAGCCGGCGCACUCGUCCUCGCUUCUCCCCUCCGGUUCGAAAGUCGGCCUCGACCCAGCACUUAUCACGAUUGCCGACUACACGACCCUCGCGCCGGGCUUGACAUCGGCAGGCGUUGAGCUUGUACCGAUCAGGGAGAAUCUCGUCGACGUCGCGUGGGAAGCUGAGGCGAAGGAGAAGAGCGAAGGAAAGGAGGGCAAGCCACAGAGGCCGAAGAACGAGGUGUUCGUGCUGGAAGAGAAGUACGCUGGCGAAGGCGCGAAGAGCAAGAUUGAGCGAGUGAGGAAGGAGAUGGAGAAGGACGACGUCUUUGGCGGCGACGCGAAGGCCAAAAGCGGAGACAAGCGAUGCUGGGGAGUCGUGCUUACGCAGCUCGACGAGAUCGCCUGGCUGCUCAACCUGCGCGGCUCCGACAUCUCCUACAAUCCCGUCUUCUUCUCCUGGCUCGUUCUCCCGACCGCGUCCUCCUCCAAGCCGACGCUCUUCAUCGACAUCGAACAGGUCCCGCAGAAGACGUACGAGUACCUUGGCGGCUUGGGCGUCCUCGUCGAGCCUUAUGACAGCUUGAUUGGGUUCCUUGAGGGUGUUGGCGGAAUCUUGGGCGAGCAGGACCUCGUCCUCCUCCCUUCCCGCACCAACCUCGCCUCCGCCCUCGCCCUCGGCCUCCCUCGCGUCGUCUCUUCCACACGCGGUCCCAUCUCAGACCUCAAAGCGCUCAAGAACAACACCGAAGUACAAGGCUUCCGUCAGUGCCACAUCAGGGACGGCGUCGCGCUCGUACGGUACUUCUCAUGGCUUGAGAGGGAGCUCAAGAAGGGUGGGGAGCUGAGGGAGUACGAAGCGGCGCUCAAGCUUGAGGAGUUCCGCAAGCAACUUGACCUUUUCCGCGGCUUGUCGUUCUCAACCAUCUCGUCGACCGGCGGCAACGCGUCAAUCAUCCACUACUCACCUGGACCAGAUGGUCAGAGCACUGUUAUCGACGCCUCGAAGAUCUAUCUCUGCGACAGCGGCGCCCAGUUCAGCGACGGAACUACCGAUGUCACCCGCACGCUCCACUACGGCACGCCCACGACCUUCGAGAAGCGAGCGUACACUCGCGUCCUGCAGGGUCAUAUCGCGAUCGACCAGGCCGUCUUCCCCGAGACCGCAACGGGCUACCUCCUCGACCCUUGGGCGCGCAAAGCGCUCUGGCAAGACGGUCUCGACUACCGACACGGUACGGGUCACGGUGUCGGCCACUUCUUGAAUGUCCACGAGGGCCCGAUGGGAAUCGGCACGCGUAUCGCGUACAACGACGUCAAGCUACAGCCGUCGCAGAUCUUGUCCAACGAGCCGGGGUACUACCACGAGGCAGGCGACGAGUCGUUCGGCAUUCGGAUCGAGAAUUUGGUAGUUGUCCAGCCUGCGCAGACGCCGCACCAGUACGGAGGUGUCAAGUACAACAAGAUGGAGCGCCUCACAAUGUGCCCGAUCGCGACGAACCUCGUCGAGCCGUCGCUCAUGUCGCUCGACGAGAUCGAUUGGCUCAACAAGUACAACGCCGAAGUGCUGAGCAAGGUUGGGCCGUUGCUGCGGGAGACGGGCGACAGCGAGGCCAUGGAAUGGCUCGAACGUAGCUGCCAGCCUCUCUCCGUCGUCUGA